CGGCCGGUGAUGAUUCACAGCUCCAUGGAAAAGUACGAGAAAAUUGCAAAAAUUGGCGAGGGAAGCUACGGCAUUGUAUUUAAAUGUCGCAAUAGAGAGAACGGUCAAUUGGUGGCCAUCAAGAAGUAUCUUGAGACUGAGGACGAUCCACUUAUCAAGAAGAUUGCCAUGCGGGAAAUUAAAAUGCUAAAACAACUGAAGCACCCCAAUUUGAUCAAUCUCAUUGAAGUCUUUCGCCGUAAGCGUAAACUGCAUUUAGUCUUUGAAUUCUGCGAGCUGACAGUGCUUGACAUACUGGAAAAGUAUCCUCGAGGAGUACCAGAAGCCAUCACCAAGCGUAUUAUCUGGCAGACAACGAAUGCCGUCGCCUUUUGCCAUAAACACAAUUGCAUUCAUCGAGAUGUCAAACCCGAAAAUAUCCUCUUAACACGAGAGUGUGUUGUUAAAUUGUGUGACUUUGGCUUUGCACGAACUCUGGUGCCUGGAGAGAACUACACUGACUACGUGGCCACUCGAUGGUACCGGGCGCCCGAACUGCUCGUUGGCGACACUCACUACGGUCCGGCAGUGGACGUCUUUGCCAUUGGCUGUGUCACUGCCGAGCUGAUGCGUGGUGAGGCUUUGUGGCCGGGCAAAUCCGACGUCGACCAGCUGUACCUGAUCAGACGAACCAUGGGCGACCUGCUGCCCAGACACAUUGCCAUCUUUCGGUCAAAUGAGUUCUUCACCGGCGUGGCCAUUCCUGAUCCAGAUGUGAUCGAGUCACUGGAGCAGAAGAUACCGAAACACAUUGAGCCCAGCGGACUGGAGCUGCUGCGACGGACGCUAGACAAGGACCCGGCAAAGCGACCUACCUGUGAGCAGCUGCUGCAGUUUCCCUACUUCAACAACGUCAAAAUUCCCGACCUGUCGAUGUACGCUGAGCCGAAGACGAUCAUGUCGGGGAACAGUAAACAGCACGCCAAGUUGAAGCAAAGCUACACCGCCCAGGGGCCUCUCAUGGGCGGCGCUGCUGGUCGCAGUCAAACCAGCUCAAUCAACCUGCCUCAGCUGACGCCCACUACGCCCGUUCUGCCAUCGCUCGCUGGAGAUUCUUCCCCGGCCGCCACUGUGCCGUCGGGCGGUAAUGGUAAUGGUGGUGGCAGACAGGCAGACAAGCAAUCGGCCGAUGGCACUGUCGGAGCGGCGGCAGCAGUGGUACGCCUCAGCUCCACCACCGCCACUGGAACGCCGCAGAAGGCGCAGGCUCUGGAGUUUGAUAUUGAGUCGCCGAUUUUCACGCGUCGUGACAGUAACAACAACGCAGGUGCUGGCGGCGGUGGCACCUCGGUCUCCACUGGCAACUCGGGUAAUGGUGGCAGCUUCGGAACUGUUAACAGUGCAGUUGUCGGCUCCAGCACUGCUGGCAGCACUACUCUGGUGGGCGACGCAAAGUACGGUGGAAACCUGAUCAGACGGAGCCAGGGUAUUGAACACUUGCCAAACAUUUAA